CUCCCCUCACUACACCCUAUUGCGAAACUACCUAUGCCCAUGAAAUUGAGCUAAGGCUUUUGAAUAAUUCAUCAAAACAUACCAAUGGGGUAAAUCUAAAGUAUAUGAUGUUACAGGUAUACCUCGAUUUAACAUACUCACGAUUUAACAUACCCUCGAUUUAACAUAUUUCGAUUUAACGUAAUUUUUACCUCGAUUUAACAUACAUGCAAAAAAAAUUUAAUGUCAAUGUUAUACUAUGUUCACACUACAGAGUUAAAACAUGUUAUAAUAAUUAGCAACAAGGAAAAUGUCAUCAAGAUAGCGUUAAACACGUUUUAACUCGUAGUGUGAACGUAGUAUUACUAAAACGAAAUGUUAAAAAUCAAUAUCAAUUUUAUCCUAUGAUCCACUUCCAAUGCUUAAAGAUAAUUCAUUUUCGUUUUUUCGCUAGAUUAUGUUUAAGAUUCUGAGAUACAAAAACAUUCUUAUUUUGAUACCGCACAGCAAAAUGAAUACACGAAUUUAUGGUUCGAGUUAUUUCCUGAUAAUAGUUUUAUGGGUUUUUAUGUGUAAGUUAAAAAUAGAUAACUGGAAAGUUAUGGUUGAUGGAAGGUAUAGGGCGAGAUAUUGGCGGACGGUGAGUUCCACUAAUAGGCAUUGGGGCUGUAGCAGUUAUUACGAAACUGUUGGAAAUUUGUAAUGAAGUCAUGACAGUUCCUCGAUGUUAACGCACCCAACUAGAGCUCGAAAGAACGCAAGCUCGAUUCUUGCUAAAGAUAAUAUCUUUUCUCAGGCUGUAUUGAACAGGUGAAUUUCUCAGUGCAUGUGGACAUUUUUCAAAAAAAAAACUUCAUUAUGGAUCGAUUCCUCUUGCAAAAAAAUGCAAUAGACGAUAAUGAUGGAAGAUACAAGUAUGUACGGGGAACGUGCCAUUUGAGCCAAUAUAUUCUGAUUCCUGAAGAAGCACACAAAAGCAAUGUUAGUCCGACACUGAUUGUGAUUAUAUUAUUCAUAUAUUACUGCGUAUUCUGUAUAUCUGGAUAUAUUACUCUUAACAACUGCAACGGGUAGAGAAUGGUCGUUAGUAGAGAUUGGGAUUCGAAUAAGCUGUACUGGCAUUUGCGUACGAUUUAAGAUGAUCGAGGACUCUGGAUACUUGGCCCCAGGAGUACCAUCAUAAUAAAUGUUCACGUUUAAAUAGAAAUGUAGGAUAUAGAUCCAAUAAAUAAUAAGCUAAUAAAAUAUGUAAAAAAGAGAUAGAUCCAAAAAAAUGAAAAGAUUUUCGUCUUUGUCGCCUGUUACAACGUGGGAGCAGGAAACCAGUGGAUCAAUUCUUGCCUUUAGACAUCACAUGCUACGCGGAUAUUUUGUAGAUCGAUAAUAGUGACAUCAACAUUCCAGUGAAUUCCACCUCCUCGUCGUACAUAAGGAUUAAACAUUUUUUAAAAAAUAUUUUUGUAUUGUAAUUAAGUUGUCAUAUUCAUUCUGAUGAGUUCGACUUUUAAAUUGAGGUAUUGUAUCUAUCGUGCACAAAAUGAUUUAAUCCAACUUUUCCUUAAGGAGAACUAUAGCGCUACAAUGGCUCGAUUUGGUUGUUUUUCUGCAAGUAAAACUCUUGUGCUUACAAAACUUCGUGACUAGUCGUUUGCUCGUGAACUCAGGUAUUGUUCUCUUUUUGAAUUCUGCGAUUAUCUGACGGACAGGUUGGUCUACCAAGAUAAAGAUGAGACAAAAUAGAAACACAAAUUUUCAUGUACACAAUGGGUAAUCCAAAUUUGUUGACUAUUCUUAUAAGUUAUCCUGAAUUCUGAGAAAAUUUUGCGACGAAAUUUAUGAAAUGAAUAUCUGUUAGAAUUGGCGAAUACUUGGCAAGGUCAAGAUAAAUAUGUUGUUUAUGUUCAGAAGAACAAUCUAAUUGUUUAAUUGUGAAGAUGUGGUUUCUAUGUCACUGUUAGGUGGAUACAAUCAGUAAUAUCCUCGUAAAUAUUUCGUGUGAUGAAAAAAAAAAGAAUUCUAUUCGAAAACAAAUAUUUCGAUUUUACAUAAAAUUCGAUUUAACGUACAUGAUUGAAUCGGAAAAUGUAUGUUAAAUCGAGGUAUACCUAUAUUUUGAUAUGCUAUAUGAAAUAUCAUUGGUAAACCCGCAGUGUUGGCAAAAAAUGAUUUUUGGCAAUUAAUUCGAUCUAUCAAACUUUGAACAGCUAUAACUUGUUGUAGAGACACUCUAGCACCAUGCACCCUUCGGCAAAGUUAUUCAGCAUAUCCUGGACUACACUUCUAUUUAAUUGUUGGUAUACUGCAGGAAGAAUUGCAGUCAGUAAAAUUGAAAAUGCAAAAAAGUAGGUUUUUCCAUACUAAUUUCCAUACAAAUUUCAAACGCAAUGCGCUACGCCGGGUCAAAUCCAAUCGACCCCAAAUUUUGCACAGUUGUUUGGGACACCAAAUAGAACCAAAAAAGUACUAUGCUCGGUUGAUUUGGUUAUGAUUACAUUUUUCCAUAUGACAAUGCUCCCACCCUAAUAUAUAUCCUAAAUACUAUAAAUUCAUUCAUGCUAUUUUUGUUCAAAUACAUCUUUAAUAAUUUAAGGGGGGAAGGGGAGGAGUUGCUUCUCUAAUCUUCCAGUCAUCACAUCGCAUGCUUUGGUAUUCUUAGUAUGUAUAACAAACAUGAAGAUGUGACACAAAGCGCCAAGAGCGCACUAAAAUCCUGUCAAUCCUAUUUUUCAUUGGAUUGUCUGCUCUAAAUAUAUCACCAAGGGACCAUUCAUAAAUGGUCGGUGUUAAGUCAGACCGUACUAAGUCGCAAAACAUCAAAAAAUGUGAUAAUGAUAGCACUGGACACAGAAUUUCGUGAGCUACAUUCGACUUUUGCCAGAUUUGAAAUAUGUAACAAUAAACAAGAAUUAUGGCAAAAAUAAUUUUCCAAUCAUAAUGUAAAGGAUGCUGCGAUUCAAACUUUAAACUCGUUUUUCUCGAAAUCAAUAUUUUGUCACCUAGUCCGGUCUGACUUAACACCGACCAAAUGAUGUUGGAUAUUGACAAUAGGGGAAGAGCGUCACGUAACGAGAUAAAAACUAAAAAUGAAUUUUAGACGUAUCAGCGGAUCAGAGAUAAAAAAAACGUACAACAUUGUUUAUGAAUGACCCCCAAACAAAGAAUAUUCCAUAACGAAUAUCACUUAACAUCGGUGACAGAGCAUUGGGAUCAAGGCCAAGUCUCCCCUGGGUCGUGCAAAACUGAGAAGCAACAUCAAUUUAGGCACAGAUAGCAGACGUCCAUUUAUUUUCAUUUUGUUUUGUUUUGUCUUUUCAUUUGUUUCUCCUGCUACGAUGUGUGCGGGAGAGCGGGACGGCCAAGGAAACGGAAAGCCAGUGGCCCAAACAGAUCAGGAACAGGAGGGAGGACUGCGAACAGGGAAACCGGCAACAGAGGAGAAAUCGUUUAUUUAUUUAUUAUAGCUACGAUACUAAUCAUAAUUGUUUUGCUUUUCUUGUUUCGUUUCAGCAAACCAAAAUCUAUACGGACUAGCACAUACGAACAGUUAGGCUUUGUAGGUUCUCAUCUUGAGAAAUGACAAUGACACUGUACGAGAUGGCGCUGGGCCUGUGGCCUUCGAUUGGCAUGGUCCAUUCUCAUUGAUUCGGAAGUCUUCUUGGCUGGUUGGUAGAUAUGUGCUCCUACUUGCAAGUUGAUCAAUUCGCUUGGGUGGGGGACAUGUGGAUCCCUCUAGUUGUCGACUCUUUUGAUCGUGAGUAUGAGGCUAGUUCAGGAAAGGAGUGCAGGACUGGCACCUAAGAGAUAGUUAAUUUUUCAGGACUUGUUCUUAUGAUUACUAAACUCGACCAAGCACACCGGCUCUCAGAAAUGAUAAGCAACCCUUUCGGGUCGGUGUGGUCUAUUCGAGUCGAACCAGGCGGACAUUCGGUUCGAGCAAACUUUAUGGUUAAUAGUGGAUAAAUAUUUAUUACGCCUUUAUUGGCAGAGAUUUUUUUUGCGAAAUCCUAAAAUACCUUCACUGGUAUAGCUACUCAGGAUAAUAAUAAUAGAAAAAUUAAGGGUUUGCCUGGUCCAUAAUGUAAUGAAUAUGUAUAUUGACUAGAACAGGGAUAAUCGAGUUAUGUUAUACGAUAGAGAAGAAACAGCACAGUUGAAGGAAAAGUAUUCGCGAGUAAGGACUAAUACUGCUAGUAUGUUUACCGUUUCAAUUAAUAGUCGAUUGAUCUGCUUCGGACCUAGGAGACAAAAAGGAGAUUAGGAAGAGACAAGCGGAUUCAAUGCGAAAUUUGCCAAUAUGACGUUGACCGCAAGGCGAUGGUAGGAUGAUUUUCCAUAGGAUGACAGACUAGAUGACACGACGUUACACGCUCUGAACUUGCGCCAAAUAGUUUGUAUGUAUGUAUGAAAUUCGCGGACAUCACGGCUGACUGCGAUCUCUAAUUUACUUAACAGUCGAUUGAUCCGCUUCUGACAUAGGGGACCCAUGAGGAGAUCAGGAAGAAAAUAGAAGCGGAAUCAAUGCGAAGUUUUAAUUGCAUCACUGACGACUUAGCACGCGUUGUUAGGAGCAGGAUACAUUGGACCAGACAAAAUAGAGAACUUGACGUUACACACUUCGAGACAAACAGGCGCAAAAUUUAGUCCUUCUCCCGUGGACCGGUGUUUAAUUGGCGGACAGUCGCUAAUCCUUCCGAUUUUGCAAAUUUUGUCUCGCGGGACGGACCGAGAUCCCUCAAGCUAUAAGCUGCAGUCCUAUCAGCCCGUUGAAAAAAAAUGCAUCUUUAAUAAUUUAAGCUUUUUUCUUUUUUUACUUAGCCGUUUUGAUCUUCUCACUAAAAUCUUGUCCGCAUUUUCUGGUUUAUUAGUGUGAGAUGAAUCUUCGAACCAUUUAAAAUCUUCCAAUUCAACAGAAUCCAAACGCUUCCUUUUUCUAGUUGGUACAAUAAGGCAACGUAAGGCUUUUUAGAGCUUUUUAACCUCCCCCCCCCCCCCCCAGAAAAAAGUUCGUAAGAUUUUGGUGAACUCCCCCUCCCCCUGCAUACGAUCUUAUCAUGAUUAUCGUAAUUAAAAAAUCGAAUUGUUAAUUCAUCAAAUAAUAAGAUAGCGAAAACGAUAUGUAUAAAAUUAUUACAAGAAAACUCAUGACAAAAUUUAACUGUAAUCAUCUACAGAAUUUUAAUUGAAUGUCAAUCUCGCCCAGUAGAAAGUAUAACUGUUGUCAGAUAUUCAGUAACUCCAAUUUGGUCCACAUGAUCUGCUUUGUUAUAUUCCACUUCCUUUGAAUCUAUUUUCUUGUGAUGUAGAAUUUAAAAGAGUUUAUAACCUCUUCUGGCAUGAAUUUAUUCUGAGUUCCAGCUUUGGUGAGGCUUAUCGUACGCAUAGCUCCGAGUUAACCAUCUUCGAAUUUUCUUGAAUUAAAAUACAGUUCACACUCUGGGAAUAUUCGACACUCAAGAUCUUUGACAAUCGCAUGUUGGAACAUUUUCCAGAUACCUUGCGGGUUUUAAUCGAACGUUUGAAAAGAACAAAGUCGGUCUAACAACACGAAGGGUAUCAACACUUAUUAACUUGUAAGGCAUAUCGUGACUCCAGUUCCCGAACAGAACAACGUACAACCAAGAGCCAAAAAAUUACUCAUAUUGUUUGAUAUACAAGGAUUAUAUGGUACAAAUGAAAAUAGUUCCCUUUUCUUAUAAAAAUGAGUAUUUUCCUCAUGGAUUUAAUUUUUUAAACUUUAUGAUACAGGCCAUAUUCGAUUAUACGUAGUCUCGAUUAUCCGUAGACUCGAUUAUCUGUAGAAAAUGAUUCUAUUAUCCGUAGUACGACAAUCCGAACAAAUUGUUUCGAUUAUCGGCGCAUUAUUUUUUCUCAAGCUACAUUACACAUUUAUAAUUUAUUAUUUACUACCAACUACAGUUUCUGAAAGAAUUAGUAUUAUCUAAAAAAAAGGAAAGCUUCGUAGAAAUACAGAAAUUUUAAUUAUUUAACAUAUAAUUUUGAAUUCGAUGCGAUGACUUACCUAUUUUUGUACACCAAUCAAUUACAAUUGAUACUAGCUACAGUUUCUGGAAGACCAAAAUUUUAUGUUCUCAAAAAAUAUUCACAAAAAUACGUGGAAAUACAGAAAUAUCGCAUUUUCGCAAAGCAAACUUUUUUUUAUCCCAAUAUAUAAAUACAAAAAUCGUUGGAAAAGGAUAUCAGCUACAAUUCCUUAAAGCACAAAAUUUUAAACUCUCAUAAAAAUUAGAAUAAUUAGGGAAAAUAAAGAAAUUUCAUAUAAUCAAAAAAUUCAAUUCAGUGCAGUGUCCUAUAAAAUUUUAUGCGCCUAAUAGCUACAAACUAUAAUUUCCUGUAGAUGCCAGCUAUAAUUACAAGAACAAAGUUUUAAAAUCUGUGAUUUUUAGAAUGAAUAUAUGGGGGGGGGAGGGGAGGAGUUGCUUCUCUAAUCUUCCGGUCAUCACAUCACAUGCUUUGGUAUUCUUAGUAUGUAUAACAAACAUGAAAAUGUGACACAAGGCGCCAAGAGCGCACUAAAAUCCUGUCAAUCCUAUUUUUCAUUGGCUUGUCUGCUCUAAAUAUAUCACCAGGGGACCAUUCAUAAAUGUUAUCGAAUAUUGACAAUAGGGGAAGAGCGUCACGUAACGAGAUAAAAACUAAAAAUGAAUUUUAGACGUAUCAGCGGAUCAGGGAUAAAAAAAGAACAUUAUUUAUGAAUGGCCCCCAAACAAAGAAUAUUCCAUAACUAAUAUCACGUAACAUCGGUGACAGAGCAUUGGGAUCAAGGCCAAGUUCCCCCUGGGUCGUGCAAAACUGAGAAGCAACAUCAAUUUAGGCACAGAUAGUAGACGUCCAUUUAUUUUCGUUUUUUUUUUGUUUUGUCUUUUCAUUUGUUUCUCUUGCUACAAUAUAUGCACCUCGUUGCAAGAGAACGUGACAGCCAAGGAAAAGCCAAUAGCCUAAACUGGUCAGGAACGGGAAGUAGGAACAAGGAAUGAAAUAACAGAUGUGAAAUCGUUUACUUAUUUAUUUAUUUUUUUUAUUUCAAUUAUAGAGGUUUUAACCUAAAGGUCAUUCGCCUCUUCGGGUUAGAAAAAUCACUUGGGGAAAAUUUCUAACCCUAUGUGCAAGGUAAUCGAUUUACCAAUACGCUAUGCCCACUCCCUACUUAUUUAUUAUAACUACGAAUCACAAUUAUUUUGCUUUUCUUGUCUCGUUUCAGCAAACCAAAAUCUCUUUACUAUCUCUUCAUUUCCUGCUUCCAACUAUCCUCUAUGUAAUGUAUCUGAAACUUGUGGGACUGGUUAACAGCCGGCGCCUGCUUGUGGAAGAAACUGGUGUGCUAUACAGACUUGCACAUACGAACAGUUAGGCUUUGUAGGUCCUCAUCUUGACAGAGUCUAGAUGGGCGGAUGAACGUCUGCCAGGGUGUGGGCUGAGAAAUGACAAAUUUUUAGAAUGAAUAUAAUGACCGAUUUUGUCACCCCGAAAUCUGAACAUAUAUGUUUCAUAUUGAUUGGGACUAUCAAAAGUAUAAUAUAAAACCCCACUCAACUCUUCGGAAUCAGUCUAUUAUCGCAUCAGUUAAAAAAAAAUCGAAACUUUUAAUCACUUUAAGAACAUCGACAUUUUGAAUUCUUAGCACACUUAAGUAGAAGACUUUUUCUUUAAUCCAAACAUUUAACAUAGGAUAAAUCGAAACGUUACGAAGUAGAUGCACUGAACAUUCUUUAAGUGACUCGGCUACGUAGAACGCCGAACAAUGGCCAAAUGAAGAUUCUGGAUGAUGUUUCCACCAAACAAGAGAAAAAAGUUCACUGUGUGACGAUGUAUAACAAACUGAAUCACUCAAUGCGUUUGAACAUAUUUAUUGCUAAAAACUUCCAAGAAUCAGCUAGUUUCUGAGUGGCUCUCCAAAGCCCUAAAGCGCAUGACGACAAUUAUAAUGCUGCUGCUGAUUGAACAACGCACGAUCCUUGAUGUCGCACGUAAAAAGGUUUUUUUUACGUGUAACGUGUGCAAAACUCAUCCUUUUGGAAAUACAUGUUUUAAAAUCGGCCAAUGUUGGUCUUUCGUUGGACCAACGUUAAGCAACGCCCAGCAAACCGUUCAGCAGGCGUCCAUUAUUGGACCUUUUUUGGACGGUUUUGAAACAAAUGUUUAUGCUUCUCAGUGGAAUCUAGCGUGCUGCUUCUCUUAUUCCCGAUUUCUUUACCUUCGCUUCCCAGUCAAAAUGGGCAAGUUGCUGGCUAACGGGGGGCUAUUUGCCAACUCGGAUGCGCAAAUUGCCCUUCAAUUUGCCAGCGAAUUGCUGGAAAUUAGGGGGCUAUUUCCAAUGCAACAUUUGGGAGAUUUGCCGCCGUCUUUUUUGCCGCCCUACCCGCCCUUAAAUCACCCAGGGAACGCACCAUUUGAUCGCCCUUAAUUGCCUAAUAUGAAAAUUACAAAUACAGUAAGAUUCCGUUUUUGGCAUGUUCCUUUUUCGGAAUGCUCCAUUUUUGGCAACAAAAAAGUUUCGAUUUUGGCAACAAAUGGGUUCCGUUUUUGGCAACAUUGUUGUUGUACAUAGUAAAUCUUUUAAAAAAUGCUCAUACACAUUUUGUUGUAAUAAUUGAUCACAUAUGACUUUUUUUCCAAACAUGGUAGUCAUAUUUACUAUAUUUUAUGGGAGCGGGCAUAGCAAAUAAAAUUAAAUUUGCUGAUUUUCUUCUAUCCUUUCAUUCCUUAUCACAUAUUCUUAUAUAAUUAAUGUUGUUGUAACAUUUAUGAUGUAACAAAUUGAAAAUAAAAACUUUUUAAGUAAGGUUCCAUUUUUGGCACGGUUCCUGUUUUGGCAACUGAAAAAAAAUAUAUUGCUGCCAAAAACGGAAUCCUAUUGUAAUAUUUAUUUUCGGAUUCAUUAUCUACUCACAUAAACACUACCAAACUGUAUGAAGAAUCAAUGGUGAAAUUGAUAUUGCACACCAAAACUUACCACAAUCUGACGUUCAUUAAUAAUUUAGGUCAGUGAUCCUGUUCUACCAUACUUACACAUGAUUCCACAAUUUCCCACAUUCGUUAGCUUAAUAAAGUGCACGAAACAAACAAAAUUCAAGCGAGAACAUGCCAAUUGUUAAACAAUUUUAAGCUUAAAAAUUUGAAAAUUUGUCUAAGUAUUGAAAUUGCCAUUAAAUCGCAUUCGCAAAUUGCAUUUGUUCCUAGGGGCAAUUAGCACAGGCGAAUUGAGUCAAACGUCAAACUUUAAAUCGCCUGACCAUGCUCGUCCGAAUUUUUUUUUUACCGGGUUAACGCUAAAGCCGGGUUUAAACGUACUGGUCAACCUGGUUUAAAUUUUAAGAGAUGGUGAAGAAAUUAGAGCACUCUAGUUAGAGUGCGGCCAAGAUGCGUUUGACGUAUUCAAACGAGCAGAAUCUGACGUUAUUUCUAUUGUGAAUACGUCAAAUUUCAUGUUAGUUUGGAUACGUCCUGGCCUCUUGGCCACACUCCAACUAGAGUGCUCUAGAAGAAAUCGGCCCUUAGAGGAUUCCCAAAGUUUUGUUGUUAUAUACAAACCAAAGGCGUUGUUUACUUAUAUAAAGGCUCGCACAGAAUAAAGCCAAAUCUACCAAUCGAACAUGUCACCGGCUACCUAUCGUGGAAAGUAAACAAACAUACUUCUUUAGCUAUGCCCUCAUGUGUGCACGCAAGGAGAGUAUUGUUAUUGGCAGGAAAAAAAUUACAAUAAUAAGAGUGAAAAACUAUUUGUUUAUAUAUUUACCCUUUCUCAUUUCUUAUAUUGCUUACAAAUAUCAGCAAGUUAACAAGAACGCGAUGAAUGCAUAUUUUAAUUGAUUCACCGAACCUCUACAGUGCCAUUGAACGACUAUCAGGCUUAUUUUCCCUUUUUUGUAUAGUUGAAAAAUUCACAAACGGAACGUUACAAAACACUCUAUUAUCUAAUUGCGAAUAUUAUGACAUUCUUCUAAGUUAGUAGGGGAGCCCGGGGCUUGUUGGCGGUUGGGGUAAGUUGGCGGAAGCCUCUUUUCUCCGUUUCUAUUAGACAUAAAGUGUUGCCUCUCGUUGUGUACCUCAAGUAAUGUGAAACACAUUAUCCGAUGUGUUUUUGUUGCAAAACAUUUUGUUUUGUUGAAAUUGUGGACGAUAUUGUGUUUUCGAGCAUACCAAGUAAAUUUUCUAAAUUUUAAAUAUUUUGCGGUAUUUAGGGUGAUUUUCAAUCUAUUUCCCGAAUGAUUAUAUUUUUCGAUAGCGCGCGAAAAGAGCUUUCAGUAUCCGUAUAGAUAUCACAUCUAUCCACAAACAAAAGUUAUUUUUAAAUAGUUUUUAAUAAAAUAUGCGGUUGGGGUAAGUUGGCGGUGUUGCACGCGGGGAAAGUUGGCGGUACUAUUUACAGUGCAAAAAAGUCAUCAAAAAAUUUUAUGUCUGGAAUUCACUCCAAAAUAAGAAAAUCCCUCGGCAUGAUACUGUACCUUGAUGCGGUCCGGGGGCUUUUCCACCAAAGCAGUAUUACAGUGAUUAUAUCACAGAAACUUGGGAUACGAUUAUUUUCUUUUUAGUUAAGCUACAUUGUGAUCAAUUUUAGUACUUAACUUGGCGACCUUUAUUAUCCACUGCCAUGGUCAAAUAAUAUACAAUGUGGGUUUUGGGCCCAAUUCUCUCUGCAGGCGCUCUUCUUUUGUUGCUGUAUUUUCAAUUAGAUUCAUGUAAACAUUAACUAACACAAAUUGCUCAUUCGCUCAUGUACACUAACAGUCUCUCAUUCCAAACGUACAAACGUGGCCUACGCGAUAACACAAACCUGUUCACAAGUGCGAACGCCCGCGAUCUCGCCAAUAUUCAAACUCCCCGAUUGAUUAGGUGAACGUUGGAACCUACGAACCUAAGCUCGCGCAAUCAUAAAUCGAUCACGUCUUAGGUCUCCGCCCUUGAUCCUAGUAGCCCAAAUUCAUGUCUUUAGUUGGACCAAUAGAGGUAGAAACUAGACAAGACGUCCACGCGCGAUCAUUGAAGAAUACGCGAACAUGCGAAUGGCCACACGCUUAUAAAAAUAAUGUGUCCACGCGAAGUUGCAUACAUACUGGCACACGCAACAAAAACGUCCACAUACAAACGCUCGAGUCCUUCGCGAUCAUCCACGCACGACCACACCCACAAUCUCGUAAAAAGUAUAACACCCCGGUGACUGAGUGAAUGGUUUGGCACUUAUAAAUUAACAAUCCCAGUCUCGAGAGAGAGAACCUCCAAAUGCCCGCGUUUGCGCGAUCAUGAAUCGGUUUCGACCGGAAUCCCCUAUUCUCGCCCCUAGCGGCAUAGGUCCAAUGCCUUCAGGUGGAUCAAUCGAAGAUAUAGUGCUCAUAUCCACUAAACUACAUAAAAAUCGAAUGUAUACACACAAAGUCACAUACAUACGACAGACAAAUAUAAAAAUGGUUGAGCCCUUCGCGGCCAUCCACGCAAUCUAUACUCGCGCUCUUCCAGGUAUUAUAACAUCCCGGUAAUAGUAUGAACGUCUUAGCACUUGUAAUCACUCGGGCGCGGUCUCAAGCGUGAACCUACAGUCCCCCGCACUCGCGCAUUCAUGAAUCGUACACGUCCGGGAGUCUCUAUCCUCGAUUCUAGAAGUCUAGGUCCAUGCCUUAAUUGAAUGAAUUAGCUCUACAGCUCCAGUAGGACAACUCGAAAAAAAUCGGCAUAUUAGUAAUACUCAAUAACAAUACUAACUCUUCUCUUUAUAUUAUUUUUAUUUAUUUUCGGUCUCAUGCGUUAUAUUCUUGUGAUGACCUUUUCGAGCUCAUAAUCCAAGAAGAGCAACAUUGCUGCCAACAAUGAUUCUUCUCUGCCAUCAGACGUCGCCAAGUUUUAGAACAAUGGAGAUGUAUUCUCAUACUCGAUGGAAUCAGAUAAGUAGGAACGAUCAACAAACUGUAAGUAGUAUAUUACAUAUUUCUUGUUUUGACGUAUAAAAUAUUAUCCGUAUUAAAAUAUUAUUUACAGGCUCCACACAUAUCUCAACACACACAAAUACACAAAUGCUUGACAGGUGACUGGGCCAAGUGCAUUCACUCGUAGGAUCUAUCAUUUCGAUGAACGCCUCGAUUCUGGGAAACCAGUGCACAAGUAAGCUGACAUAAGCUAGUCUCAUCUGGUGAAUGCAUGUAACCUGGAAACCCCAGACACGACAGGACGAGACGCGAACUUACAUUACAAUUUCAAUCAUCCACACACACCUACGCUCGCAAUUUCGCCAACAUUAAAACACCCCCUUACUUAAGUGAACUUUUCAGCACCUAUAACUUUAUAAUCGCGGUCUCAAGUAUUAACCCAUCACUCGCGCGAUCAUAGACCGGCUACAUUCGGAAUUCUCUACUCUCGAUCAGCCUAGACUCAUGCCUUCAGUUGGACCAAUCAAGAAUGAUGCUCAUAUUCACUAGACAACACGUUCCUCUACCAUACACUAAAAAUUAAUUAUCAUAUUCAGGGUCCGCGCGCGAUAGUUCAAAAAUACACGUGAAUAUGCAAAUGGCCACACGAAUCUAAUAUCGAAUUUAUGCACGCAAAGUUAGAGACACGCUAGCAUUCAAAUGCUCGAGCCUUUAGCGAUCACACUAUUACACAAUUAGUAAACGCCCACGCUAACCCAGACAGACAUGCACUCCUGGACUCGAACGCUAAAAACCACAUCUUCCACGCAUACACCACUCAGGACUGAACAUUAGAUUCAUACAUACAAAGCAACAAAUAAUAAUUACAGGCAUUCGUCUGGCAACCGGGGGAAGUACAUCUCAAACGCAGAACUUAUCAUUUCAAUGAUGGCCUUGGAUCUGCGUUGUCUGUGUUCAAGGCACCAUAGCUUUGUCCGUCAGGUCAAGGAUGUAUGAAACCCGCUAGCCACCACCGUCGGCCCUAGCUGCCCAUAAAGGGAUAAAAAAAAAAAAAUUAUGUCUGGAAUUCACUCCAAAAUAAGAAAAUCUUUUUCUUGUGUAUCUCGCCAAUGUAAGAGACAUUUAUUCCGGCCCAUUGCGCGAAAAUUUGCUUUUGAGUAGGGAAGUAAGCGUCAAAGUUAAAAUGCCGGGGUAUUGAAACUGAAAUAUAAUAGCAAAUGUCGGUUAAUAUUCAGUUUUUCUCGAAAAGACAUUCAGCACGAACCAAAAGGACCCUUGACGUAAUUGAAUCUCCAUUUGAUUGCUUAGCGUUUGGCAUAUCCUCACAUAUCACCAACUUACCCCGGGGCCGGGGUAUGUUGGCGGGUUUUCCGCGUCACAUAUUUUUGUCUCUAAAAAAGGAGAAAAUGCAUCAAACACUUUUAAAAAAUCAGAGAUGUUGCCAACAGUCUGCUCAUGUCGCGUGUUCUAUUGUGCAAGAUCUACCUACAUCAAAGCGGUAAAAAUUGAAAACUGAAAACACCGUCAACUAGCCCCGGUCUCCCCUAUUGAUAAGUUUAAUUGAGAAGCAAUGUUCACAUGUAUAUGGGUACAUGAGAUUAUUCCAAUUAAUCCAAAAUAUGCUGAUAAAUUGUACCAUUCUUAAUUGCAAGAUCACUCACUAAAUUACAAAAUAAUUGUGACGGACAGGAGUUGAACGUGUUUAGAAUAAAAUUGAUGUUUGUUUAGAUGAUUUGUGGAAGAAUUGAUCUCGUCGAAAAUUAACUAAAACAAGUUUCAUAUAAGCUCAAAUAAACCCCGAUUUUACGGUAAAAUAGUUUCAGAAAAAAUGUUCUCACAUCACGGAUGUUAUAAGACACUAAGUAAACAUAGGAUCUUUGUGAUUUUCACCCAAUCACACUUUCGGUCGAAAAUAAGCUCUUCCUUUUGAACGUUUUCGUAUGUGUUGAAUUGAAUAUUCUCAGAAAGCCAUGCACAACGGCACGAAAAGCCGUCAAAAAGCUUUUGCUUCAGCAUCGACGAUGUUAAAAAGAUGGGUGGGUAAUGUCUGCGACAUAACCGGAGAGAUGUAGAAUACAUAAGGAACACGUUCUUCAAAUAUGUUGAUACUCAUUGGAAUUUUCGGACAAUAGCUGAUUUGGGCGAGGAAUAUUUCAAAUUAUUCUUUACAGAAAUGAUGGUGGUCCUGAAAAGGACCGUUUUUGUUGGCGUUGUUGGCCUUGGUGAGGGAGAUGGCUAACGAUGAAAUGAAUUGCUAGCAUGAGGAAGUCGCAUAGUAUUGGCCAAUGGCAGAACAGAUAAUAAUUGAUUCCUGAAAAUCAAUUUUUCUUUAUUCAUGUAAAUUAUACAUACUUUCAAAUCUAAUAGAAGAUUCCUGGUCAUUUUUCUGAAUCAUUAGUGCGAACAUUGUGUAAUUUGGUUAAGUACAAUGAAAGUUACAAACUUUCCAAACUCGACCUUCUGUUCCUUCUGAAAUAUUGAAAUGGGGUGUCUAUAUUAAACCGUUAGUCGUGGUCACAAUAAAAAAAGAUGGGUGGGUAAUGUCUGUGACAUAACCGGAGUGUCGUGAUUUCAAUUCGAGACGUUAAUUUAAAUCUAAUAAUAUUCAACAGAAUCACGUUUAAAUGGGAAAUUUUCAAAUAAUUCUCUAUUGUAAUAAUGGUGGUUCUGAAAACAACCUUUGGUAUCGGCGUUGGUAUUGAUGGUGAUGCGCUGGAUCGUUGGAUAUAUUUGGCAUGAUAGUUACGUACCUGGCGAACUGUUUUGUAGCCUCGAACAAAACGACAAGACUGGCUUCUUCGGGUACCAUUACGGCUGAACUUUAUAAGCUUAGCUCGACUUUGAAAUCCUGCACAAUCUCACGAAUCAGACACUGUUAGGGCCAUUUUGUUUGCUACUAGCACGGAGCUGCACAAAAAAAUCAUUAAAUGCAGUUAGUUCACGAAGGCUGCUAAAAAGCUCGAAUAGAAGCAUGCGACUUCAACGUUUCUCUUAAACCGUUGCUUUUAUUGUAAUUUACGCCCACUCCCAGCGGACACUGUGAGCCAGUUUGAUUUCUUUUGCGAGAAAGUUACGUACUUGGCGCACUAUUUUGUAUCCCCAAACAAACCGACCAAGUAGGCAUCACUGGCUUCAUUACGGCUGAGUUUUGUAAGCGUAGCUCGACUUUGAAGUAAUACACAACCUUACGAACCAGACGCUGGAAUGUUAGCCACCGGAUUAGUUGCUCCGUUGCCCUUUAGUUGGGGCGAAAUACUGGCAUGGCGACAGUUCCUGAUCGGUAGUUGGUUGCGAUGGGCCACCAGUAGCUGGGGCACUUUUGCGGACCGUCAUCAUUGCCAACUGCUUUCCUCCGGUGGACUGGCUGCUUGCUAGUGCUUGAACGAAUACGAAUGAUGAGAAAAACCGACCGACCAAUAUUCAUAUAUGAAAACACGAGAAAGCACUACUCUCGCUUGUUUUCGUGCCAUUCCUGUGCCUUUCCUUUCCGUUCGGCUACCAAUACUAGCAUAACCAAAACGAAUAUUCUGUCUUUCCAUCGCCUUCAAUCUAGUGACCAGUGCUAGCAAACUUGCAUGUUCAGUUUUUCAAUAACAACAUUCCAACAAUAUUUUCAAAGAAUGUUGCAGAUUUGAAAAGAAGGAAGGAAAAGAUUUUCACAAAUUUAAAUUCUUUUGUGUUAUUUGUUAGCGCUGAUAAAGGCUAUUUAGUUUGCUACUAGCAAGGUGCUGCACAAACAAAUCGAUUUAUGCAGUUAAUCAACGGAGGCUGCCAAAAAGUUCGAAUAAAAGCAUGCGACUAGUGUACUUUGCACGUUCUAUAUUUUAUCAAUACUAGAGAGGAUAAUAAUAAAUGAUCAAUAAAAUAAUUCAAAUUGUAAUAGCGACAUGCAAUUGUGGCAACACUGGCCAUGGGAUGGUGGGAGAAUACGCACAUUCGUUUUGGUUAUGAUGGUAUUAGCAGCAGAAAGGAAUGGAAAAGCAGAGCACGAAAACGAGCGAGAGAGGAUAAUUUAAAUUCUCUUUCUUUCUUUCCACACAUCGUAUUUCUUAUAUAGCUUUCUGAAAAUUAUUUGUUAUACACCAUAAAAUGUAAAUUUAAGUUUAACUCUUAUUAGAACACAACUAAUUGGUCCUGUAAAGAACCGUUUAUUGUUUUAUGGCGGGAGCAUAAUUCAGACGCACUGCCCGCGGACACGUUGAGCCAAUUUAAUGUAUUUGGCCUGAAAGUUAUGCGCAUGGCGCACUAUUUUGCAUUCUCGAACAAACCGACCAAGUAGGCAUCGAUGGCUUCUCGGGGCAUCAUUACGACUGAGCUUUGUAAGCGUAGCUCGACUUUGCAGUCCUGCACAAUCUCACGACCCAGACGCUGGAACGAUAGCCUACAGAUUAGUUGCUCUGUUGCCCUUUAGUUGGGGCGAAAUUCUUGCAGGGCGACAGUUCCUGAUCGGGUUGCGAUGAGUCACCAGUAGCUGGGGCACUUUUUCCGACCGUCGUCAUCGCCAACUGCUUUCCUUCGGUGGACUGGCUGCUUGCUAGUGCUUGAACGAAUACGAAUGAUGAGAAAAACCGACCGACAGAUAUUUGCACUACAAUCGCUUUCUCGCUCGUUCUCGUGCCGUGCAUGAGCCUUUCCUUUCCGUCCGGCUUCUAAUGGCCUAACCAAAGGAAUAUGCCGUCUUUUCCCCACCAACUGCUCUCGUCAAGCAACCCAAUGCGAAUAAUCAUUGGAACAAACAUGUAGUGGACCUAUAUAUAAACUUUUCAUUAUUUUAUUGUUCGGUUGGUCCACCAUAGUGACGGCUCUGUGCGGGAUGGGCUGAAAAUUUUCACUUUUCCGAGUCGUUUUCGAAAGAUUUUUCAAAACACAAUUUUUUGUUAUUAGUGCAUGUUAUACAUACUUCAAAUUUUAAUACAGCAUAGAGGAACAUAUUUUCAACAAAUUGGCCUAAAAAUCAAAUCAUUCUGUUAAGUAUGAUAAAAGUUAUUAACGUUCAAAAUCUGACGCGGCGCCGCAGCCGAUAUUUUGAAACAACCCCUAUAUUGAAAGCUUAAAUGUAUUCUACAUUAAAAAAACAAUAAGAACUACUGGGCGUCUCCACAAGGGUAUUUAAAAAAAAACAGAUAUAACAACUUCGGCGCAAAAAAUGCGCAAAAUGAGGUAUAUAUAUAUUGCAACUACACAAAAUUUUGAGUCAGAUUGGUGAUAAGUGACUCAUGGGAGACUAUCUCAAUAACUGGAAGACGUAUAAAUAUAAAUUCCUGAUAACAAACAAGCAUAAAUCAUUUCUGCACAAAAACCUUACAUUUAUAGUUAAGCAUAUUUAUUCUUCUUUCCAAAGAACACAAAACUACUCCAAUCGGCCCUAUAGUUCUUGGGAUAUCGCUAUUUGAAGUUUGAAGGUACGGACAAUUCUAAUGAAUUGAAUUGAACAGAAAUCCACGACAUCACCUGCUUCAACAACAUGUUAAAAAUUCAGUUCCCAUCCGAUUUUGGUAAAAUUUUGAGAUACUUUUAUUCAAACUGAGAGAAAAAUAAACUAAAUAUUUGCAAAAGAAUUGGGUCAUUAGAAGAGAAAAAAGUCGUUUUUUAUUACUUGCAUCGAUAAAGCUGAUUUUCGUAAUAGCAACUAUGUUUUUUUUCCAACUCAGGAAACGUGAAAAUAAAUAAUAUUAAAAUUUAAAAUAAAGAAAUAUGUUGACAGUCUGGAUUUGACACUAUAGGAAGGAUUUGACAUAUCGAAUUUCACGACAAAUGAUGCCAUGUCAGAAAAAAUUAAGGCUUGUUUUCUCAAUUUUCCCGCAGGGUUAUUUUUAUUUGGCAUAAACACCAUCCAUUGCAUAUAGUUUUUUUUUUUCAUUUUGGGUGUUGCCCUGAUAGGUCAGAUGUAAACAACAACUUCGGUCAAACGGGCGGGAAAAAACGAGCAGGAAAAAACAGCCGCGCCACCUACAUGUGAAUGUUAGAAAUAAAAAAACCUGAAAAAAUCCCGCUGAGUUCGUGAGGUUCGUGAAGUGAGCUGGAAAAAAGUGACAAAACUGGAUCAACUUUUGGUGGAUGGAUCAAAUAAAUUGUUUUGCCUUUCUCAAUAGAAAGGUGUUGCAAUUGCUUUGAAAACCGGCUUUUUAACGGAGGCCCGGAGGGCCAAGUGACAUAUACCAUUCGAUUCAGCUCGACGAGUUCGGCAAAUGUUUGUGUGUGUAUGUAUGUGUGUCUGUGUGUGUACGUGAACACAAUCUCACUCACUUUUCUCAGAGAUGGUUGAACCGAUUUUCACAAACUUAGUCCCAAAUGAAAGGUGCAACGUUCCCAUAAGCUGCUAUUGAAUUUCUAAUGAAUCCGACUUCCGGUUCUGACAGGGUGAUGAGUACGAUCACGUAGAAAAUGUCGAUUUUAAUAAAUUCUGCAAUGUAUAACGGUGAAAUUUUUUCCAAAAUGUGACCACAACUGCUUCGAUUUGUAGUACUAGGUCACUAACAGUCUUUCAAAGUCUUUUUGGUCACAUUGGCCACCAUCAUCGGUUCCGGAAGCCCCGGUGGAAGUAUCCAAAUUCAGAAUAACAGUUGCAUCGGUUUCUCUGAGAUGGCUAGACCGAAUCAACCAAACUUAAUCUCAAAUGAAAAAUGUUGCGUUCCCCGUAAAUGGCUAUUAAAGUUUAUCCCGAACCGACUUCCGGUUCCGGAGUUACAGGUUGUGGCGUGUGAUCACAUAGGAAAUUGUGAUUCAAACCGAUACUCCGAUGAAAGCAAAAAAGGUAAAAAUUUCGCUAAAAUGUCUCUCAAACAACUUAAAUUUGCAGUUCUAGGUCACCGACGGCCAAACAAACUUUCGUUAACUACAUUGAUCACCAUAGACGAUUCCGGAAGUGCCCGGGAAAAGCGGCAACCUUUAAAACUAGCAAACUCAUCAGUUUCUCAGAAAUGGUUGGGCCGAUUUUCACAAACUCAGUCCCAUAUGAUAGCUAUAUUAUCCCCACAGAUGUCUAUAAAAUUUCGCCUGGAUCGCUUAUAUGGUUCCGGAAAUGUAGACUGAACCGUGAAAUUCCCAUAUAAGCGCCGGAACUCAUUUUUUUUUCAAGGGGGGGCCCCAUGAAAUUUCAGAAAUCGAAUUCGUAUUUUUGAUGCCAAACAUCUUUAAAAUGCAUGAAACAUAGUAAUUUGUUAUCUCAAAAAAAUUUUUUUUUUAUAAAGAUCGACUUUUUGGGACUUUGCCGAUUUUGCACCUUUUUUGCCUUUCUCAUAUAAAGAAAGGCUAUGCAAUCACUGUAAAAAUCGACUUUUUAACCGAGGCCCGGAGGGCCGAGUGUCAUACACCAUUCGAUUCAGUUCGUCGAGAUCGGCAAAUAUUUGUGUGUGUAAGUGUGUGUGUGUCAUUUAAACUCAAACAAUUUUCUCAGAGAUGGCUGAACCGAUUUUCGCAAACUUAGUUUCAUCUGUUUCAGGUAUAACGCUCCCAUAAGCUGCUAUUGAAUUUUUAGUUGAUCCGACUUCCGGUUCCGGAGUUACGGGUUGAAGAGUGCGGUCACACAGCAAAUUCCCAUAUAAACUGGUACCACCAUGAUGUUCAAAUGAUGUAAAACAUUUUAAAAUUGAUCUAACAUUACUCUAGUUUGCGGGUCUGGAUCACUAAUGAUCAGUCAAAGCAGCUUUGACCACAUUGGCCACCUAUGACGGUUCAUGACGCCCCCGGGGAACCCGCCAAGUUCCUAAGCUAAUAUCACACCCAUUCCCCAACGAAUUCUCUACCGAUUUUUACAAACUUGAUUUCAAAUGAAAGAUACAGUAAUACCAUUGAUAAAUGAAAAUCUCUGUGUAUGUAUGUGUGCAUGUAUGUAUGUAUGUAUGUGUAUGUGCGGAUUUAACAAAAUGUCCACAUCGGUUUCUCGGAGAUGGCCGAACCGAUUUUUACCAACUAAGAUUCAAAUGAAAGGUAUAAUAUUCCCAUAGGUUGCUAUUGAAUUUCAUUUUCAACCGACAUCUUGUUCUGGAUUACGAGUUAAAGAGUAUGGUUACUGUUGCGACGCCGCUUGGACAUCCCUAUCUACUUUGCAUAGCUGCAACAUGACAGCUCACACCGAGCGAUAGCCGGCAGCAGGAGUAGAUAAGCGGGGUAUGAUAGCUUCGUUGUGUGGAAGAAAAGUAAGGCAAAUAAAAAGUAAAGCUGUGAAUUUUGAUAAUGCGUUAGUGAGGUAGAAAUUAGGCAGUUUUGUCGGAAAUUGAUUUCUUUCGGAGUGACCAUUGGACUUAGAAUUGGCAAGGUAAGCAGGAAUCAAUAAAAUUAGCGUCGGUCGGUUAAUCAUUGCCUUAAAUCCGAUAGGAAUUUGAUUGUAUAGCGACCAAAUCACCGGUUGCAAAUAGGGGAGAUUGUGCAUAGCUCUGCACUUAGUGAAAUAGAGGUUAGUAGGCGAAAGGAAACCACUUCUUGUGAGUAGAUGCUAAAUUAGGUAAUAAGAAUUUGUGAAUUAAUGAAUUAUUUAAAUAAAAUUGCAGUUUUAAGCGUUGUCAAAAACCAGUUGACUGCUUGCAAAAUUUGGUUUCCCUCCGGGAACAUUCUUAAAAAAGAAGUGACACAAACCAAGUGCAUUCUUUGAAUCGAACCUGCCUGCAAAUGACUUCAGAUUCUGAAUCGGUGAAGGAGCAAGCCAUUAUGGAUCUCACGAAUACUCCGUGCGGGAUCUGCGGACCAUCGACGCGCGAUGAGGAAAUGAUCGGCUGUGACGGAUGUUCGGGAUGGUUUCAUUCCCGUUGUGUGGGUGUUGUGGAGGGCCAUCUGCAGAAGAAAUGGUACUGCCAAAGCGAAGCCUGUCAGGAGUAGGCUAAAGAGUACCAAAAGAAGAAAACCACCAAGAAGCAACAAACUCGCCAUCGGAAAGAAGCCGACGAAUCCGACAGAUCUAGCGUAGGUUCACGGUUGGUCGCGUCUAGCGUCGAAGCAAAGGUGAGAGCGCUAGAGGAACGACAAAAGCGACAACUGGAGGAGCUAGAUGCAGAGAUGCGGCUCCGAAAGAAAGAAAAAGAGAUGCAGCGCGCGUUCGAAAGACAAGGCUGAGAUGGAAAUGAAGAUGUGUGCUGAAGAAGAAGUGCAGCAGAUGGUUUGGCAAACGGAGACGCUCCAGGAAAAGAAGGCGCAAAUCGAGCGGAUGAGAGCUAAUCAAGAAUCGUUCGAGAAACAGAUGGCGGCUCUGGAUAAAGAGAUGACGGAACUAUCGCUCUUUAAGGUGCCAAAACCGGCGUUGACAAAUGUUGCUGACGAUUCUCAAGCAGGAUGUUCCGGCAAAAUCAAUCAAAAGGUAUUGAUGUUGACCCAGGAGAACGUCAAAAAGCUGUCGGAAGACGACGAGGACACCGAAGAAGAAGACGACCAUGAUAACGACGAGGAAGGAACGGCCGUAUCGAGCCAGAGCUCCGAUUCGUGUAUGGAGAAAAAUUCCAAAAUUCGUUUCCCGCAGAAAAUCAAAAACGUAGUUGAAAAUACGAGCCAAGACGGGCGGAAACAACAGCAGACCGCACCAACAAAAGCUCAGUUGGCCGCGAGAAAAGGGCUGACUUACAAGCUUCCUAAAUUUUCAGGCAAACCAGAGCAGUGGCCAUUGUUUUACGCGGCCUACAAAGCGUCCAACGAUGCCUGUGGGCUACAUGAACCACGAAAAUUUGAUGAGACUACAGGAAGCACUCGAAGGUGACGCACUCGAGUUGGUGUCUGGUCAGCUACUCCUUCCACAAACGAUUCCGAGAGUCAUCGAGAAAUUGCGUUGGCAUUAUGGCCGCCCGGAACAACUGCUAGAGAGUUUGUUAGACAAAGUCAAUCGACUGGACCCUCCCAAACCGGAUAAUUUGAAAAGUUUUGUUCCUUUCGGGAAUACGGUGGAGCAACUUUGUGGCCACCUGGAGGCCGCCGAUUUACGACAACAUCUCGUCAACCCGCUGCUAAUAAAAUCGCUGGUCGCCAAGCUGCCUGAUCGCGAAAAACGUGAGUGGGUCCAUUAUAGAAGGGGUCACACUGAAACGACGCUGCGGAGUCUGACCGAUUUUUUGAUGAAUAUUGUGGAAGAUGCCUAUGAAGCUAACGUUGAUGUAGAAUUCAAGCCGGCUCAACCCGAGAAAAAGAAGUUGAAGGAGAAGGGUUGUUUGUAUUUUCACAGUAAAGUAAGCAAUCCUACCGUCACAAUGAAUGAUGCAAGGAAGUUGAGGCCGUGCUAUCAAUGUCGGGACACGGACCACCGUCUGCGGCAUUGUGAGGAUUUUAGGAAGCUGCGCUAUGUGGAGCGACUGAAGCUGGUUAAUCGUGAAAAGUUGUGUCAUGUAUGCCUCAACGAGCACGGCGGGCAGUGCAAAUUUAAAAUUCGCUGUAAUAUUGGCAACUGCAGGGAGUAUCACAAUCCACUUAUGCAUCCAGUCGGAGACGUGGUCGGAUUGAGUGCACACAUCAGAACAAAUUGCACCGUGAUGUUCCGGAUUGUUCCAGUUCAGCUGUACUGUGGUGAAAAAUCGGCUACGGUGUUAGCGUUCUUGGACGAAGGUGCUUCCGUCACGCUGGUGGAGAAAAGUCUCACUGAUCGCCUGGGCGCAGUUGGAGUGAAAGAACGUCUGACCAUCAGGUGGACUGGAAACGUUUCGAGAGUGGAGGAAUCUCACAGAUUGAACCUGUGGACGUCAGGCAUUAGCGCCUGUAGCGAUGGCAAGAUGUUACUACACACUGUCCACACAGUCGGAAAACUGAUGCUGCCACAUCAAAGAUUGAACAGCGAGGAGCUAGCUGCACAGUACGAGCACAUGCGCGGGCUGCCUAUCGAGUCGUACAAUGGACACCCACAAUUGCUCAUUGGGGCGAAUAAUAUAGAUUCAUUUGCUCCGAUAGAAGCAAAAGUUGGCACACAAAUGGAUCCAAUUGCGGUUCGAACUAACCUCGCAUGGACGGUUUAUGGUCCAAGGCAAUCCACUACGGCAUCAGCAGCCAUCUAUCUGGGCUACCAUCACCGGAUCAGCAAUGAUGACCUACACGAACUGUUAAAGAGCCACUAUGCAUUGGAAGAAUCAGUGAUCGCAAUACUGCAAGAAACGGGAGAAGAGAAACGCGCCCGAGAAAUACUGGAGCGUACAACGAGACGCGUUGGUGAUCGGUUCGAAACUGGGUUGCUAUGGAAGGUUGACGAUCCACGAUUCCCGGACAGUUAUCCAAUGGCCCUGCGACGGAUGAAACAACUGGAAAGUCGACUCGUAAAAAAUCCAAAGCUGCAAGAAAAUGUUUGUAGGCAAAUAGCAGAAUAUCAGCAAAAAGGAUAUGCACAUAUCGCUACCGCCGAAGAACUAAUCGAUACUGCUUCCUACCAAGUCUGGUAUCUUCCGAUCACUGUUGUCCAGAACCCGAAGAAGCCUUAAAAAGUUCGCCUGGUGUGGGAUGCUGCAGCAACGGUACAAGGUGUAUCGCUGAAUUCGAAAUUGCUGAAAGGAUCAGACAUGCUCGUCCCGCUGAUCAAAGUUCUCUCUGGCUUUCGGGAAUGGCGGGUUGCAUUCGGUGGCGACUUGAAGGAGAUGUUUCACCAAUUGAUGAUUCGCGCGGAGGACAAACAGAAGCAGCGGUUUAUCUUCAGGGAAAAUCCGGAUGAUCCACCAAACGUGUACGUCAUGGAUGUAGCGACAUUCGGAUCGGCGAGUUCUCCCUGCUCAGCUCAGUUUGUCAAGAAUCGGAAUGCAGAAGAGUUUGCUGUGCAAUAUCCCGAAGCUUCUGCUGCUAUCAUUCAUCGACAUUAUGUCGAUGACUACUUCGACAGUGUCGACACGGUGGAAGAGGCAGUUAAGCUGGCGCAGUAGGUUCGACUGGUCCACCUAAAGGCGGGAUUCAAGAUACGGAACUGGGUAUCUAACACACCAGAAGUGCUACGACGUCUGGGAGAAGAAAUACCUGCCGCACCGGUUUAUUUCGGACGGGACAAGCAAACGUCAAAGGAGAGAGUGCUAUGAGUGAUCUGGGAUCCGAAUAUAGACCAGUUUUCAUUCUCAACGAGGCAUCGAGAAGAGUUGCAGCCGUACUUGUUCGAGGGAAAACGACCGACGAAAAGGCUCAUCGCAAGCUGCGUAAUGGGAUUCUUCGAUCUUUUAGGACUCCUACCGCCGUUCACCAUCCACGGGAAAAUAAUUAUACAGCACUUGUGGCGGUCCAACUGUGAUUGGGACCAGGAAAUCGAUGCUACUUCCUGGGAACUUUGGAAGCGGUGGACAAGUUUGUUACCAGAGGUUGAGGCUAUCCGGAUUCCCCGAUGUUAUCUCGGUGGCUCCAAAUCUGCUGAAGUGAACUCGUUGGAACUACUAAUUUACUAAUGCCAGCGAGCACGCAUACGGCUGCGUAGCAUAUUUACGAGCGGUUAUCAACAGAGGUUUACUGUAAUCUGGUGAUGUCUCGGGCCAAAGUGGCACCUAUAAAACGCCAAUCAAUUCCCCGCCUGGAACUGAUGGGUGUUGUUCUGGGAGCACGGCUGAGUCAAACAAUCUUGAGUAUGCACUCGUACCAAAUUACCCGCACUGUUUUCUGGACGGACUCUAGGACCGUAUGCAGCUGGCUCAAUUCGGAUCAGCAUCAGUACAAGCAGUUCGUAGCAUUUCGGAUCGGCGAGAUACAAGAGUUAACGAAGGUGACAGAUUGGCGAUGGAUACCAACCGAACUCAACAUCGCAGUCGUGCUGACGAAAUGGGGUUUAGGUCCUCCUUUACAUAGCAAAGGAGAGUGGUUCAAUGGACAAUUGGUCCUGUACAGUCCACAAGAAGAUUGGCCAACGCCAGUAUCGGCGAUCGGAGACUGACGAGGAAGCUAGAGGAGUGGUUCUGUUCCUCGGAGUGAUCGAUGUGGAACCGAUUUCUCACUGGACCAAACUAUUGCGAGUGACAGCCAACAUGGUGCGUUUCAUCGCCAACAGCCGACGAAAGAGAAGAGUCAAUAGUCACUAUACGAGCUACGGAGAAGCAGAAGCAGCUGAUCCGAGCGACGGGGGCGAAUUACGUGUCAGUGAUAGCACCACUUGGACCGGAUGAGCUCCAGCGGGCUGAAAGAAUCCUGUGGCAGCAGGCUCAGUGGGACAGCUUCCCGGAUGAAAUGAGUGCACUAACCAGCAACUUGAAACGUCAGCCGACCCCAUGGAGAUAAUCAAAAAAAAGUAGUUCGAUCUAUAAGAGUUCACCGGUACUGGACAACGACGGUGUCCUGCGCAUGGACGGCCGACUUGCAAAUUCCGAGGAAAUCCCAUUCGACAAAAAGUAUCCCAUAAUCCUGUCGAGGUCACAUGAGGUUACGCAGAAACUGAUCCAGCACUAUCACGAAGAAUUCGGGCACGCUAAUUCGGACAGUUUUCAACGAGAUGAGACAGCGGUUCCAGAUUGCGAAAAUGCGUACGGCAAUUCAGCAGGUUGUGAGUAAAUGCAUCUGGUGCAAAGUCCACAAGUGCCGUCCACGAUCACCAAGAAUGGCUCCCCUUCGUGUUGAACGGGUCACUUCUAAUCUUCGGCCUUUCAGCUCCGUGGGGCUAGAUUACCUGGGUCCGGUGGAAAUCGGUUGGACGGCGUAAGGAGAAGCGUUGGGUGGCUGUUUUCACCUGCUUGGCUAUACGCGCAGUGCAUCUAGAAGUCGUUCACAGUCUCACUACGGAAUCGUGUCGGAUGGCCAUCGCUCGUUUCCGUAGCAAGUUCGGCCAACCAAAGCAAAUCUUUUCUGACAAUGCCACUUGCUUUCGGGGAGCAAACAACGAAAUGAUCAGGAUGAAGCGUAUAAACGAAGAGUGCGCAGAAAUCGUGAGCGGUUCUACUACCUCCUGGCAUUUUAUUCCGCCGGGAACGCCACACAUGGGAGGAGUCUGGGAGCGGAUGGUGCGGUCGGUGAAAGAAGCGAUUCGCGCACUCGACGACGGAAGAAAUCUGACGGAUGAGAUCCUGGUGACAACACUUGCGGAAGCGACCGACAUGAUCAACACGCGUCCGUUGACAUACUUGCCGCAAUACACGAACCAAUUUGAAGCACUUACGCCGAACCAUUUUCUGAGAGGUACAGUGUCUGGUGCAGAUAUGGAGGCGACAGAUCCCGCUACAGCUCUGCGGAAUAUGUACAAGCGAUCACAGCAUCUUGCCGAUCAAAUGUGGGAGAGGUGGAGCAAGGACCCAGUUAAACUCAUUCCGGAACCGGUUCGGAUUUCUAAAUGGAGUCAUUAUGGAUUCCAAAUCAAAUGCAACAACCGAUUCCGACUCAGUUGUUGCAUUUGAUUUGGAAUCCAUAAUGACUCCAUUCAGGAUUCCGAAUCAAAUUCCGAAUGGUUUGACCGGGGAGUACCUUCCGACGCUCAACCAACGGUUAAAAUGGUUCGACGAACAAAAGCCGCUUAAAGAGGGCGACCUGGUAUUCGUGGUCGAUGGGAAGAACCGAAAAUUCUGGAAACGGGCUAUCGUUGAGACAGUGAUCAAGGGGUCGGACGGACGGGUUCGAAGGGUGGAAGUAAGAACUGCCGAUGGUAAGAUACAGCAACGAGGUGUAAUUAAUCUAGCGGCGCUGGAGAUCAGGUAAAUCCGAAAAUACCGGAUGUUACGGGCUGGGGUGUUGCGACGCCGCUUGGACAUCCCUAUCUACACCGAGCGAUAGCCGGCAGCAGGAGUAGAUAAGCGGGGGUAUGAUAGCUUCGUUGUGUGGAAGAAAAGUAAGACAAAUAAAAAGUAAAGAUGUGAAUUUCGAUAGUGCGUUAGUGAGGUAGAAGUUAGGCAGUUUUGUCGGAAAUUGAUUUCUUUCGGAGUGACCAUUGGACUUAGAAUUGGCAAGGUAAGCAGGAAUCAAUAAAAUUAGCGUCGGUCGGUUAAUCAUUGCCUUAAAUCCGAUAGGAAUUUGAUUGUAUAGCGACCAAAUCACCGGUUGCAAAUAGGGGAGAUUGUGCAUAGCUCUGCACUUAGUGAAAUAGAGGUUAGUAGGCGAAAGGAAACCACUUCUUGUGAGUAGAUGCUAAAUUAGGUAAUAAGAAUUUGUGAAUUAAUGAAUUAUUUAAAUAAAAUUGCAGUUUCAAGCAUUGCCAAAAACCAGUUGACUGCUUGCAAAAUUUAAUUUUAAAUGAAACACAAACUUAAUUUUAAAUGAAAGGUCCAUCAGCUGUUGAAUUUUGUGUGGAUCCGAGUUCCUGAAUUACAUGGUGAUACGUAUGAUCACGCAGCAAAUCCCGAUUCUAACGAAUUCUGCGAUGAAUGUAAAAAGGUGAUUUUUUUUCCAAAAUGUAAACACAACUGUUGAAUUUGUAGAUCUAGGUCCCCAACAGUCAUUCAAAGUUUCUUUGGCCACACUGGCCACCAUCGACGGAUCCUGAAUUAUCCAAAUUCAGAAUAACGGUUAUAUUGGUUUCUCGAAAAUGGCUAGACCGAUUUGAUCAACUUAGUAUCAAAUGAAAGGUGUUGCGUCCCCGGAAACUGAUAUUAAAUUCCAUCUCCAUCCGACUUCCGGCUCCGGAGUUACGGGUUGUGGAGUGCGAUCACAUAGAAAACUCCGAUUCAAACCGAUACCGCGAUGAGUGCAAAAAGGUGCUCUUAUAUAUACUUACCAACUGUAAUAAGAAUGAAAGACAUUUCCAUAAUGUUAUAUUGUACGAACCAGCUAUUAAAUCAUAGUUUGUAGAAAUGAGAAAGGCACAAUUGCACCUCUAGGUGGAUUAAAACAGGUUUUUUAGUUCUGUAUUACUGCGGCUGUUUUUUCUUUUACAAAAUUUUAGAACUCAUAUUAAUUACUUUUCGUGUAUAUAGUUGUCAUGUCAUGUAUAAAAAUAUAAUGUAAUAUAUGCAUUUGAAAGCUUGUAAUGAAUAUAAACAACGCAAACAUUCUCGUGUUCAUGAUUGAGAAAGGCACAAUUGCACCGCUAGGUGGAUUAAAACAGGCUUUUUCGCUAGAUUUUCCAGUGCCGCACAGUGGGACGGAAUCAAAAAAGCCGGACAUUUACAUUUUUGUGAUGAAACUAUUGGUUAUGGCACUUUGAUGUCUUCGGAAAGGAUUCUUUAUUUUUUAAGUAGUUGAAUAUAAUGUUAUAUUAAACUGCGUAUAUACCCCCUUAGAUCAAAAUUUCCCAAAAUUAUAUUAAACUACUUAAAAAAUAAAGAAAUCUUUCCGAAGACAUCAAAGUGCCUUAACCAAUAGUUUCGUCGCAAAUAUCAAUGUCCGGCUUUUUUUGAUUCCGUCCCACUGUGUGCCGUAAUGCAAUGCUUGCUGACAGUAAGCCAGACUGUCCGUGGAACGUCGACGCCUGUUUUGGUCGCUGCAUUGGAUAAUAGGGUCUGCGUUCGAACUGUACUCUAAUGAGGUUUAUGAAAAUACAAGUUUCCGUCUAGCAAUCCGAAUUACGGAGCUCCAUGAUCCGAGGAACGCUCAAGAGGGAACUAGAAAGCUGCUAAAGAAAUAUUAUGAAUCAAUCAAGUUUGAAUUGAAUGUCAGUGAUAGGUUGGACUCCAAUGAGGAAGACAUUGGUGCUGAAGUGCUUCAUGAUUUUACCACCUUGAACAUGUAGCCAAUUGAGCUGUAGCAAAAAGCCUCACGAGAGGGAAAAAAAACUAGUUAUAACAAAAAUCGCUGAUUAACUCUUCCAUAUGGACCCAGUAUAUUUGCAAAAAUGAAACUCCAAAAUACUAUAUAAUGCAUAUAUUUUUCAAUUGAAUCGAUGCCUUCUGGUAUAACGACACAUUUGAUCAGGUUGUGUUCGACUCUUUCAUUUUCUUUAACACCAGUUUGAUUAUCUUGAACUACGUUUAUUCCAAAAAUAAAUCCGUCUUAUUGUUAAAUGUCUCCAAUUUGUAAUCAUUUUUGUUUGCCCCCUAGCAACUAAAUUAAAUUUUCUCUGCCGCUAAUUUGAUGGAUUGCAUUAGCCGUUCAUCUGCGCGAAAAAUGAAAGUAUGUAACCAGCGGUAUACAUUUAGGUACUCUUAAAAAUAUAAAGUUAGGAAAAAUUUGCGAGAUUAUUUUUUCAAUUUUUUCUACCAAGUUGUGGAAGAUAGCAGGACAUGGCUGCUCAAUUUUUUAUUUUUCUGGCUAGAUUCCGUAAACUUAGCAGGAAAAGGCGGGCCCUUAUGUUUGUUUACCUUGCUAGAUUGUGUGAAGUUAGCAGGUAAAGGCGGGCCCUUAUGUUUGUUUACCUUGCUAGAUUGUGUGAAGUUAGCAGGUAAAGGCGGGCCAUGCUGUUGUUUUCCUUGCUAGAUUGUGUGAAGUUAGCAGGAAAAGGCGGGGCAUAUAUUACUUUUUCCUGCUAGAAUGUGUGAAGUUAGCGGGAAAAGGCGGAGCAUAUAUUAUUUUUUCCUGCCAGUGUGUGAAGUUAGCAGGUAAAGGCGGGCCAUACUGUUGUUUUCUUUGCUAGAUUGUGUGAAGUUAGCAGGAAAAGGCGGGGCAUAUAUUACUUUUUCCUGCUAGAAUGUGUGAAGUUAGCGGGAAAAGGCGGAGCAUAUAUUAUUUUUUCCUGCCAGAGUGUGCGAAGUUAGCGGGAAAAGGCGUGGCUCUUUUGACAUGUAGGUGGCGCAGCGAUCGUUUUUCCUGCUGGCCUUUUUCCCCGAUGUGCUGACUCCAGUAAACAACAGCAGUUUUCCUAUGUAUGGUUGCCAAGUUUACAUAAGAUUUAUUUUAAAAAACAAAAAAAAUCGUUUUUACGUAUUACAAUGAAUUUUUUUUUGAAAUAAUGAAUAUAUAUGUAUUAUGUAUAUUGGACCUAAAAUUUAUCGAAUGGAACGGAAAACUAUAUAUAGCUUAAUGACCCAAUUACAAGACAAUGAUUUUUGGGGUUUUGUCACUCGCCAUGCCACUGUGUGGCGGGGCGUUUUCAGCAUUCCUGAUAAUACCUGAGGUUCGUUCGGUCUGACCCUUCGAAUACCUUUUUCGACCAAAACAUGUCAUCAUUUCAUCAUUCAAUGUGAAAUGAUCUCGAGAAUUAUUGGCUGAAAUAUUUUGUAUAAAGGUUAGUCUUAUACUAUGUUCACACUACAGAGUUUAAACACGUUAUAAUAAUUAGCAACAAGAAAAAUGUCAUCAAGAUAGCAUUAAAACACGUUUUAACUCGCAGUGUGAACGUAGUAUUAGGCUUAAAAUUUAUGUGAGGAGUUUCUCUCACAUAAGAUUUAAAAAAAACUUUUUUUUCUUAAUUGUUACAAAAAAUGAAUAAUUUACAAUAAAUCACCUUUCUUUACUUUGUUCGCUCUUAACCCCAAGUUGUUGAUAUUUAAUCCGAACAUAUUAUACAGUUUUGUUAAGGUCAUUUCAACACCUUUCGAAUGGUGGGUCGACUAAUACUACGUUCACACUACGAGUUGAAACGUGUUUUAACGCUAUCUUGAUGGCAUUUUUCUUGAUGCUAAUUAUUAUAACAUGUUUUAACUCUAGUGUGAACAUGGUAUAAUGCUACGUUCACACUACGAGUUAAAACGUGUUUUAACGCUAUCUUGAUGACAUUUUUCUUGUUGCUAAUUAUUAAAACGUGUUUUAACUCUGUAGUGUGAACGUAGUAUAAGACUGCAAAAACUGCCAAAAACACGUUUUUCAAAAAACUCGAAAACGAUUCUACGAAAAAGAAUAUGAUAUGAUGGAUAUGAUUUCCGCGCUCAGAGACCCAAAAUUGACAUAGAAAACGCCUUUUUCUUAGCUUACUGCAACCACCCCAAAAUCGGUAAACUAGUGUAAUAAGAGAGCCCAGGCCAAGUUUGCGGAAGGCGCAAGUCGGCAGAGUUCCUUUGGCUUCGUUUGUAUUAGACAUCUCUCGUUUUUUACCACAAAUUAUGUAAAAUAUGUUUUCAUAUGUUGCAUUUGAUUUUGUUUUGUAAAAAGCUUGGGUUACCGCUUUCGAACGUAAUAAACGGAUUUCCUUAAUUUUGUGGAGUUUGUGUGAUUUCCGGUGAGUUCUAUCUAUUACGUGAAUGAUAAUAUUUUUCAAUAGUACACAAUCUACUUAAAUAAAUGAAAUGAAAAUUCCGUCAACUAGCACCGGGCUUCCCUACUCUUUAUUUAUUGAAAAUCGCGUUCGGGUCGUACACUGCUUUUAAUUUACUUUAAUUUGGGUGCGGGUUGGAUUCGGGUUCGGAUUUUUUACAGGCCCGGGUACGGGUCGGGUUCGGGUUUUGUGUUCUAAUAAAAUACGGGUACGGUUCGGGUAAGCUUACAAAAAUAAUGUUCGGGUUCGGGUCGGGUCCGGGUACGAAAAAUUCCUUACCCGCCCAUCUCUAGAUCACAGGUUCGCUUGCUUCCGACGGCGGGUCGAUGACCACCUCGCCCGGCGGAUCCUCAGCGGCUUUGCGCCGCUUUGGUUCCUAGGCCUCAGUUAUGCGUCUAAGCCGCAUCGAAAUGGUAACCCUUAAACGGAUGGGUAUCGGAUGGUUACAGGAACCCAGUAAAGCUCAACCGUAAAGGAGCCGAAAUUCUAGCUGGUUCUAAUUUGUUUUCGACACCAGUAACACAACCGAUUCUAACUAGAAUUGGUUGUGUCACUGGAAUUGGAAUACAAAUUAGAACCAGCCAGCCAUUCCGGCUGAGUUUAGCUGGGAAGUUUCCUAAAAUUUUAUCUGGGAAAUAAAAAUUUUCUGGUGACGCUUCAGCACCCCGUUGAAUUCUAACGAUUUCACGACCUGGGCACCAGUUUGACGAUAUGAAAUGAACUUUAUUCACUUUCGACAAGUUUUGAUUCGAGCCAACAACAUCCAGUCCUCUUAAGAAUGUAUCCUGCAAUAUGGUACACUAGAUUACGUUCUAAGUUAUGGAACAAGCUAUCGUCAAAAAUCUUCAGAAUACUCCAACUCCACAACAUCCACCUGAAAAAAGGAAGACAUUUUAGACCAAGACUAUAUUUGGUACCACCUGGUUUACUUUUUCUUCCAUCUGUUCAUUAUACACUUUUUGAUCUGAUCUGAUUUUAUUUGUUUGAUUUACGAAUGCCUUCGAUUAAGUUCAUUAACUGUUUUAUAUCGUCCAACUUAUAGGAUGAUGAAGGAAUUUCAGAUAUGAACUAUGAUAAAGAAAGCAACUUCAAGUAUCUUUAAAUUGAAGAGCAGUUGGACGUUAUUCAAGCAGUGUUCUUUCAAUAAAUUUCACUAAAAUUUCAAGUAACAAUUAAUUUCACUUCCAACAAGCAAUGAUUCAGUAAAUUAGCAUUAAAUUUUAAAUGCGAGGAACAAAAUGAUUUGUUAAACAACAUUAAAAAAAUAAUCAACACAUAGCCAACCCUAGUUACUAUAAAAAUCUUGUUUUGGCAUAAUAGUAUAACAUUGGACUUCACUGCAAAUGGUUAUUAUUGUUCUGUCACAGUGACAUGGUUUUGUUACUGUUCUAUUCGAGUGUCAAGUUCAUCCGAGAAAAAUCCGCUUAAAAUAACCUGAGUCCUGCGUUGACUCAAAUUCUUUGAAUAAAUUUAUACACGUUAUUAAUUAUUUAAUCAAUAAAUCAGAUGAAAUAAUGGUUUUCGCUGGGAUGAUCCGUUUGCCACGAUAAAGUUGCUUAAUUUUUCAUUCAGUAUGAAUUUAUUUUGUGAUUUGAUCAAUGUCACUCAAAGGUACAGCAAAAAUUCCGGUUGCCAGGAAAAAUAAAUAGUCUGUAUUCUACGUAGUGUUGCGCAUUCCUCUGUACGGGACUCUAUAUUGUGUACAGACUCUAAUACAAACCAGUAGUGCGUAAUCAUAAAUUCAGUUGUUAUUUCUAUCUGAAUUUACCGAAACCAGCAUUAAGAUAACUAAAGUUUCACGCAGAGAGUUUAGUUUUAUGCGUCAUGAUUAUUAGACCAAACAUAAGUAUCCCAAUCAAUCAAACACAAUACUUUAAAAUAAAAUAAUUUGGCUAUAAACCUUAUUUUUCUUACCUGUCUUACUAUCACUUUAUAGAAUAUAAAGUGAUCGAUAUUCGUUAUUAAAACGGUUUGAUUAAAAAAAUGUUCCAUGAGUCAAACAUUGAUGCAUGUACCUUAGAUACUGUUUUUCAGCAUAUAACAAAUAUAUUUCAUGAAGAAAAAAAACAUUUGUUUUGAUUCGAUUAUCCGGAUGAUUCGAUUAUCCGAAGCGAAAUUUUUCUGCACCCUACGGAUAAUCUAAUCUGGCCUGUAUUACGUAAGAAAGGACAAACCCUCCCUCCCCCUCAGGUAAGAAUUUGUAAGAUAUUUUGAAACUCCUCCUCCCCCCAUAUGCCCUUACGUAAUUAGUGUAUGGCCCCUUAUUCGGAAUCUUGAGUUGACUCUUGUGUGCGCUUGUUGUUACACACGCAACCUGGAAUAUAUUUAAAGAUAGUCUUUUUAUAAACUUACCUUCUACCCACCUAGCAAUAUCAUUGGAUUUAUUGUUUUUGACCGACACCUUGUCGCCUAACAUCAAUGAAUCAAAGGGAUCUUUCGAAACUUUCUUGUUAUACUACGUUCACACUACGAGUUAAAACGUGUUUUAACGCUAUCUUGAUGACAUUUUUCUUGUUGCUAAUUAUUAUAACAUGUUGUAACUCUGUAGUGUGAACAUAGUAUUACCCUUUUGUUUUACAAGGCGCUGUUUAUAAUCUGUGGGAUUUUCAAUCAGUUGUCGAGAGUAGUGUUUUUUCGGAUUGACUAGAUCUAUUAAUGUUUUAGGCUUGUAUUUAAAAACUUUCUCUGAAGAAAAACAUUCGUCAUGCGUCAGGCACGAGUUCCGGUAAUUUAUAAGAAAAUAAUUUAAUUGAUCUUCUGUGUCCCACCCUUUAACUUCGGGUUCUAACAGAAACUUUUUCAGGACGUCCUUCACCAACCUCGCUUCCGUUCCGAAAGGUGGUCCUCCGUCUGUCACAACUACGUCCUGUAAUCCUAAUCUUGAGAACAUAUUUGCAAACUUUUUAUUAACUUUAAUUGCAUCAGUACCACAUUUCAUCCACUUAACCUCUAACCAUUUAGAAUGACUAUCCACGAUUAGCAAAAAAACUUUUUGUCCGAAAUAAAAAAAAAUCCGCGUGAAGUCUACUGAAUGGUCGUUGGAAUCCAAGAUGUAGGGCUUGGCUUGGGAAUGUCAGUCAUUCUACUGCAUGUGACGCAGGAUUACACGUAUUUUUCUAUAUCGACGUUAAUUCCAGGCCAAUAGACAGUUCUUAGACCAAGCUGUUUCAUUUUUUUUAUCCCUGAAUGGUUUACAUGUAAGAGCAAUAGCAGUUCUUUUCUGAGAGAGACUGGUACUACAACACGUUCUUGAAAAAUCAGACAUCUCUGUGCUAUUUCAAGAUCUUGAUUGUUUAAAAACAUUCAAAAAGUUUUUAACCACUUUCUGGCCAUUCAUGUUUAACAUACUGAAUGACUUUCUGUAGAAAAGUGGUCCACAGUUUCCUUGGCUACGUGAGAAUAGUCUAGAGGCAAAUCUUGACUAUAGUUUAAGCUUUUAACAAAUGCCUCUCGUCCAAUUCACUAGGAACAGCCUGUUUCAAGGGGAACCGUGAGCAAAAAUCGGCAUUACCCAGAUCUCCUUUUCUGUAAUGUAUUUCAAAGUCGUAUAUCGAUAGCUCUAGAAUGUAGCGUUGUAAUCUCGUUACGAAUAUGGAGUUUUUCCACUAUUCACCGAAAAUUCCCAACAGUGGUUUGUGGUCUGUGUACACAAUAAAUUUCUGGCCAUACAAAUAUUUGUGACAUUUUUUAUUGUGCAAACUAGCGCUAAUGCUUCUAAAUGCAGUAUUGGAUAUGAUUUCUGUACUUGAUUCAGGGAAAACGAUGUGAAAAUAAUUGGUUUUCCACACCAUUGACCAAAUGUGCCAAAACUCCACCGAAUCCAUAACCACAAGCAUCAGAAAUAACUAUUAAAGGUUUCUUUGGGUCAUAAAUCUAAGAUUUUGGCAUUCAUUAAGUGAGUUUUGCUUUGUUGAAAUGCUUCUUGACACUCAUGUGUCCAAUCAUACUUUGCAUCUUUUUUUUUUAAACAAUCCAUAAAGUGAACUCAACUUUGAUGACAAGUUAGGUACAAAUUUGCCAUAAUAGUUUACGAGACCUAUAUAUGACUUCAACUCAGUUGAUUUUUUUUGGAAUUUAAGCAUCCCUAAUGGUCGCCAACUUGUCUGGGCAUGAAAGUAACCCUUUACCAGUUAUCACAUGUCCGAGAAAUGGAAGGUUUGUAACGGAAAGCUUACAUUUUUGCUGAUUAACUUUGAUGUUAGCUUUUGAUAAUCGUUCUAGUACUACAUAUAAUUUUCUCUUACAAUCAGAGCUUUCACCAUUCAUUCAAAUUCAAUCCGAACGAACUACAAUACAGUUCAGUAAAACGCUUGCCUUCACCCCAACCGAAUGAAUUGCCGCUAUGGAUACCGAAGCAACAACACGAGGAAACAGAAACAGGAACGAAUAUAUCCACACACGCUUGCAUAAGCACGUAUCAUUAUAGUGAUGAACAGUUGUGAGUAUCAUUGAGAGAGAGGAUAUCAGUAUUCUCUUCUCUCUUGAAUAGUGGUUCCUCUUUGCUUGGUUGAUUAUUUAGUGAAAUUGGUUCAAGAACAUACAAGCUGUUGAACCAUUCAGAUUCAUUGUGUAAUGCUGAAUCUGAAUAUAAAAUUCUUCUGGCCACAUUAGCGGUUUUCAGCGUCUUUCGCUACGUCAGUUAACCCAUUAUAACCCAGGGGCUUCAAAAAGUGAGCCAAAUGCAGUGAUAUCCUCAAUUCCAUCAAAAAAUGUAUCGAAAAUAAUGGGAAAAACAAAAUCACCGCUUAAAAUGGCUUUGGGAUUGAAAAUGUCUCAUGCAAAAAAUUUCGUACGCUUUAAUAAAAACAAAUUUUAAGUUGUUUUGCAAAUUUCUUCGGAUUUUUUGAUAGACAGCACUUCUUUUACACCUGUGACAACGUUUUGUCACAUAAUAGAAUUAUUAGCACUAAUCCUACCAAUAAAAUUCAAUGAAAUGUUUUGCUCACUUUUCAGCCGCCAUUUGCCUCAACCAUACACGGUUCGAAAAUGUAAAUAAAAUGACAAAAAUUGGCAGCUGACUUACUUCACAAUGAAGUAUGCGGUGUAAUGAUCCCAUCAGUGCAAUAAUAAAGCAGUUAGAUGUCAAAAUUCCACAGUAUAUACGCGUUGAACGAUGGAUAGUCUUGCGUAUGAAAUUUCAUACGCUAGGAUAUAAUGGGUUAAGAACAUAUGGCUUGUGAAGCGGACAUUAGGCAACAGGUACCGCUUAUUUGAUUCUGCUGAGGUUUGAGGGGAAAAAAUUGAAGAACUAGUUCAGUUCACGAUGCAUUAUAAAUUUAGGGAAAUCGUGGAUAUUCAAACAUCGAUAUGCAUUUAUCAGUUUUUUGGAUGUUGGUUCCUCAGACGAUUCAGCCCAACACAUAUAGGUUCAUUUUUUUCUAACAUUGUAUCUCUAGCUUACGAAUAUUUGAAAUUUUAUAAUCGUGAACCAAAACGAAGUGGUUAAAAGUUAUUCGCAUUUAACAAGGACAAUAUAUGUUUCAAACUAUGAUGUACUACAUUCUUUUCCUAAAUGUUGUACAGACAGGUUAAAUAUUAACAAAUAUAAUAUUAACCACAAAUUCGAUGAGCAAGAUUUAUGACUCCUCAUUAAAUUGGAUACCUACUAACGGAGUGUCUAAAAUGUACGGCAUAUUGGGAAUAUUUAAUAAUCAAAAAAUUACUUCGAGCUGCGUCUAAAGUUGAGCAGGAAUAGCAAAAUUACACAUGCCUUUUAAUCUUUGGGAAGAAAUUAGUAUCCCGCUUUAAUGCUUUAGUGAUCUGAACAGAUUAGUUCGCUGCAAUUAUUCCGAGCUUGGCGAAUAAAGUUUUAUUCGGAAUAUCCUCCAAAUGAAUCUUGACAGUUGACUUUAAUGCCUUUAUUCUAAGUUACCCGAGAUUUUUAUUGCAACCAGGCAACCAAAAAUGUUUUCAAAUUUUGUUUAAAUGGAAUGGUGUAUCUAUCUGUGGUGUCCUUGAAGGAUUGAUUGAAAAAAAAUUCUCUUCUUUUUGGAAACAGGAACGAUUUUUCCAAAAAAAACACCAUUUUCACCUGAAAAAAAUUAUUAACAAAUCCAUAACAUUAAUAUGAAAAUUUUGACGAAAAAAUGGAAUCGUUCAAGGACACGGCAGUUAAAUUACGAACAAGCAAAAAUAAAGUUUUGAAAUCCGUUGCAAACUGUUUCGGCACUCGUAGUCACUGCAAAUAUCGUGAUAAUCGCGUUUAAAGUUUCAAAUAUAAGCGUAAGGGAGCAAGAUGAAAAACGAAAUGAAGAAGAUGAAAAAUUAGCUGAUGGGAUCGAAACAAAUAUAAAAAAAUUUAAGUACCAAAUGGAACACGUUAAUAAUAAUUGUUGAAUUUCGUGCUUGGUAAAGUCUCCACAUGUUCCCUUAACCCUAUUUGUAUUUUCACAAUUCGACAUAUUCAAUAGGUUGAUGACAAAACUAAAAAAAUAUUGCAUAUGAAAAGCGCACAGAAUAUCUCGAAUAGAAAUAAUAAAAGACAACAAACACAUUCUCGUUAUGAGUGCUGCUCUCCGGGGCAGCUGGGCGGCAUCAUUUUUCGUACCUACAUUCGCACCCAGCAAGCAAAGAGAAUCUGGGUGCCUAUGUACAGCUUGCUAUGGAGAACGAAUGAUGCAUAGCAGUUGAUAUCUCUUCGAAUGGGAGAGAGAAUGAGCAACGGGUACUAUUACGCUAUGCUCAUAUACCUACACUAUAGAACAGCAAUGAUUCACCAGCCUCGGUGGUGGUGAAUCAAAGCCGUCAACUCCGCAGCUCAGUGGUGAAUGGUUCAAUAGGGUGUAUGUUCGUGAAGCGAAGAACGAAUGAAGAGUGUUCGUUCUUUUUCAGCUGAUUCGUUUUCCAAGCUCUGCUUACAAUCAUCAAAUUUUUUACCAGCAAUUAACCCAUUAUGUCCUAGCGUAUGAAAUUUCAUACGCAAAAACAACACAUUUCUGGAUCAUACUUGUUAUACAAUAAAGCCGUUUUCAAACUUCUGGUCUUCUGUGAAUGUUAACUAAUACCCUAUAGUUUAUAAUGUGUAUGCUCAAUAAUUAUUUUUUAUUAAAUUCCAUUGUGUUUUCGAAUGUCAAAGUUGGAUAAAAUUCAAUCCAAAAUGUGAACAAUACAUAUUAUUAAUUUUCUCUUCUAAAUCACUAAUUCUUGUUUCGGAUUGUGAACGAAUGGCCAUAAGAGAUGUGAAAGAUGUGGCUCAGUGCGAAAAAAUGGAAGAAAUUGGUGAAACAAUUGCAAACAUUCUGCUGGUAGUUCAACGUAUGAAAUUUCAUACGCUAGGCUGAACCGAUAUCUUUUUUCCCAAGGCAAAAUUAUUUCCUCUUUAGGAUUAGGAGGAGAUUUACAACUUUCACGCUGAUUUUAAAGUUAAAUCAGUACAUUCAAGGCUAACAAAUGCUUAAUACGAAGCAAAUCAUACCUGGUUCUACCCGGAAUAUUUUUUAUGUAAAUUCUCGUAAGAAAAUGUUCUUUUUCUUAAAAUAAUUACUAAGUUUGAGGGAAAGAUGGUUUGAUGCAACGAACCAAUCAUGAGACGAAACGGCACGAGAGAGGAGAGUAGUGUUAAAAUCAUUCAAAAAAGCUGCUAAAUGAAUGAUCUCGCAAGGUUGAAGAUAUUAUUCGAUUUUAUGCUGAGGCAACCAAAAAUGUUUUCAAAUUUUGUUUAAAUGGAAUGGUGUAUCUAUCUGUGGUGUCCUUGAAGGAUUGAUUGAAAAAAAAUUCUCUUCUUUUUGGAAACAGGAACGAUUUUUCCAAAAAAAACACCAUUUUCACCUGAAAAAAAUUAUUAACAAAUCCAUAACAUUAAUAUGAAAAUUUUGACGAAAAAAUGGAAUCGUUCAAGGACGCGGCAGUUAAAUUACGAACAAGCAAAAAUAAAGUUUUGAAAUCCGUUGCAAACUGUUUCGGCACUCGUAGUCACUGCAAAUAUCGUGAUAAUCGCGUUUAAAGUUUCAAAUAUAAGCGUAAGGGAGCAAGAUGAAAAACGAAAUGAAGAAGAUGAAAAAUUAGCUGAUGGGAUCGAAACAAAUAUAAAAAAAAUUAAGUACCAAAUGGAACACGUUAAUAAUAAUUGUUGAAUUUCGUGCUUGGUAAAGUCUCCACAUGUUCCCUUAACCCUAUUUGUAUUUUCACAAUUCGACAUAUUCAAUAGGUUGAUGACAAAACUAAAAAAAUAUUGCAUAUGAAAAGCGCACAGAAUAUCUCGAAUAGAAAUAAUAAAAGACAACAAACACAUUCUCGUUAUGAGUGCUGCUCUCCGGGGCAGCUGGGCGGCAUCAUUUUUCGUACCUACAUUCGCACCCAGCAAGCAAAGAGAAUCUGGGUGCCUAUGUACAGCUUGCUAUGGAGAACGAAUGAUGCAUAGCAGUUGAUAUCUCUUCGAAUGGGAGAGAGAAAGAGCAACGGGUACUAUUACGCUAUGCUCAUAUACCUACACUAUAGAACAGCAAUGAUUCACCAGCCUCGGUGGUGGUGAAUCAAAGCCGUCAACUCCGCAGCUCAGUGGUGAAUGGUUCAAUAGGGUGUAUGUUCGUGAAGCGAAGAACGAAUGAAGAGUGUUCGUUCUUUUUCAGCUGAUUCGUUUUCCAAGCUCUGCUUACAAUCAUCAAAUUUUUUACCAGCAAUUAACCCAUUAUGUCCUAGCGUAUGAAAUUUCAUACGCAAAAACAACACAUUUCUGGAUCAUACUUGUUAUACAAUAAAGCCGUUUUCAAACUUCUGGUCUUCUGUGAAUGUUAACUAAUACCCUAUAGUUUAUAAUGUGUAUGCUCAAUAAUUAUUUUUUAUUAAAUUCCAUUGUGUUUUCGAAUGUCAAAGUUGGAUAAAAUUCAAACCAAAAUGUGAACAAUACAUAUUAUUAAUUUUCUCUUCUAAAUCACUAAUUCUUGUUUCGGAUUGUGAACGAAUGGCCAUAAGAGAUGUGAAAGAUGUGGCUCAGUGCGAAAAAAUGGAAGAAAUUGGUGAAACAAUUGCAAACAUUCUGCUGGUAGUUCAACGUAUGAAAUUUCAUACGCUAGGCUGAACCGAUAUCUUUUUUCCCAAGGCAAAAUUAUUUCCUCUUUAGGAUUAGGAGGAGAUUUACAACUUUCACGCUGAUUUUAAAGUUAAAUCAGUACAUUCAAGGCUAACAAAUGCUUAAUACGAAGCAAAUCAUACCUGGUUCUACCCGGAAUAUUUUUUAUGUAAAUUCUCGUAAGAAAAUGUUCUUUUUCUUAAAAUAAUUACUAAGUUUGAGGGAAAGAUGGUUUGAUGCAACGAACCAAUCAUGAGACGAAACGGCACGAGAGAGGAGAGUAGUGUUAAAAUCAUUCAAAAAAGCUGCUAAAUGAAUGAUCUCGCAAGGUUGAAGAUAUUAUUCGAUUUUAUGCUGAGUAUAAAGAUUUUAGCCGAAUUUUCUCUGUAAUGAUUUUUUGAUACCCUAUCAGCCCAGCGUAUGAAAUUUCAUACGUUAGUUUUUUUUCGCAACGAAACGGUCCAAAGUGGUUAUUUUAUUUUUCCCAUACUUAAUUCGGCAUAAUAUGAGAGCUCACGAAGUAUUUUAUAAAUUACCAAAAGUUUUAACAUAGCUGGGUUAUAAUGGGUUAACACCAGUGAUGGCAUUUCACCCUAGUGAUGCACUGGCGCGUAAGUGUGAUGCCUACACAGAGGAUACAAUGAUCACACACCACAGAAAAAAGCUGAACGCUCUUUCUUUCGGAGCUGUAUAGACCGAUUUCAAGUGUGCGCUGGUGUUGAGGUAGUUGGGUGCGAGAUAACUGUGCUCUCUUGCUCUUGAAAUUUUCUUUGGCGCGCUCAGAUAAAGUCACCACCGCGCGCGCCCCAGAGUCGCUGUGGUGUAUUCACUGGCGUGUGACCUUUGGUUUGUUUUCGUCUUAGGGACCAUUCAUAAAUUACGUAACGCUUUUAGGGG